AUGUCGACAGUUGAAUCUUCAUUUCGAGUAGAAUAUGCAAAAUCGAAUCGAUCAAAAUGUAAAAGUUGUUCAUCAAAAAUCGAUAAAGAUACUUUUCGAUUUGCAAUUAUGGUUUAUUCAUCAAAAUUUGGUGGCAGAGUUCCAACAUGGUAUCAUAUGAAUUGUUUUUUCAACAAAGUCAAAUUAAUUGAUGUAAACAUUAUCAAAGGUUUCGAUGAUUUACGCUGGGAAGAUCAAGAGAAAAUUCGUCAGAUUAUUCAAGAAAAUUCUACGAUGCCGUUAGAUGGUAAUAUUCCAAAUGAUUCAUUUACUAUUGAAUAUGCUAAAUCAAAUCGAAGUAAAUGUCAUGGUUGUGAAUUAUUAAUUGGAAAAGAGACACUUCGUUUAUCAAAAAAAAAUUAUACAAGUAAAAGAGCAAGAUGUUAUGGACCAACAGAUGAUUGGUAUCAUCUUCAAUGUUUUCAUCAAAUGAAAAAAGAUCUUGGAUUUUCUGGUGUUGCUCAAUCAUUUGCUGGAUUUAUUGAUUUAAAUGAUGAAGAUCAAAUGAAAUUACAAGAUAAAUUUGGUACGUCGACUAAUUCAAAAAGUCGAAAGCGUAAACGUGAACAAAAACAAAAUGAAUUAAUAAAUGUGAAACAAUCAAAAAUUGAAGAUGAAUCAAUCGAAUCUCUUGAUGAACAAGAAGAAAUACGUUUGAAAAAAGAACAAAAUGAACUUCUAUGGAAUUAUAAAGAUAUUUUACGAAAAGAUAUUCCUCACGAAGUAUUAAAAGAAUUAUUAGAAUUAAAUUCACAAAAAUUAGUUUCAGGAGGAUCAAAUUUAAUCGAAGCAGUAGCUGAUUGUAUGGCUUUUGGUGCACUUGAAUCUUGUCCAGAAUGUAAUGGUUAUCUUAUAUUUAAUUAUACAAAUUAUCGUUGUACUGGAAAUCUAACGGAAUGGACAAAUUGUUCUUAUUCAACACAAAUAGCGAAUAGAAAACCAUUUGAAAUUCCCGAUAAAAUCAAAAACAAAUAUGAAUUUUUUGAGAAUUAUACAUAUACAAAACGUAAUCGAAUUAUGACACAAAUCAUAAAGAAACCAUUAUUGAUCAAUACAACAGUUGAGAUUUCAGAACCUGAUUAUGAUUGUAAAUUACCUUUGAAUGGUUAUUCUCUUGCAUUCAUCGGUCGUUUAUCUAAACGAAAACGUAGUUUAAGAAAACAAAUUAAAGAAUUAGGUGGAACAAUUAUGAAAACUAUUAAUAAAAAAGUUGAUAUAAUUAUUAGUACACAAGAUCAAAUACAAAAAGGAGAUAAAAAACUUGAUAUUGCACAAAAUUUCAAUAUACAUGUAGUUUCUGAACAAUUUUUAGAAGAUAUUCUUACUGAUCGACCAUCAAUUGUAAUGGAAAAAUUAAAAUUAUCGAAUUGGGGAAUUUUACCUCAUAUUCGAAAACAUCAAACACAUUCAACAAGAAAAAUUAAAAGAAAAUCAUCGAAUUUUCGAUCAAAAAGAGUUCUACCAGAUAAAAUGACUAUGAAAUUAAAAGAUGGUGCUGGUGUAGAUCCCGAUUCAGGACUUGAAGAAACUUGUCAUGUAUUAAAAGAUAGUAAAACUGGUGAUAUAUUUACAGCAGUACUUGCUUGGGUCGAUAUAACACUUGGUACUAAUCGUUACUACAAACUUCAAUUACUUGAAGAUGAUAAUAAUGAAAAAUGGUUUCUUUUUCAAUUAUUUGUUGUUGUUGUUUUUUUCAAGGGUCGAACAGGUACUACAUUUGGUAGUAAAAAAAUCGAGGAAUUCGAUGAUGAAACUGAUGCUAUUAAUACUUUUCAAGAAUUAUUCUUAGAUAAAACUGGAAAUGAAUGGAAAAAUCGAGGAAAAUAUACAAAAGUAGCUAAAAAAUAUUAUCCAUUAGAAAUUGAUUAUGGACAACAUAAUAAUAAUAAUAAUGAUCAAAUACAAAAGACACUUGAAAAUAAUUAUAAAAUUCAAUCAAAUCUUUCACCAUCAGUACAAGAUUUAAUUCGUUUGAUUUUUAAUGUUGAAACAAUGAAACAAACAUUAUUAUCAUUUGAUAUUGAUCUUACUAAAAUGCCAUUAGGUAAACUUUCAAAAAAUCAAUUAAAUAAAGCUUAUCAAAUUCUUACUCAAUUACAAAUAUUAAUAACAAAUGGUUCAUCAACAAAAACAUCUAUUAUUGAUGCGAGUAAUCAAUUUUAUACACUUAUUCCACAUGAUUUUGGUUUAAAUAAAGCAAUAAUUCUUGAUAAUAUUGAUUUAAUUGAAAAUAAAACAGAAAUGAUUGAUAAUUUAUUAGAAAUUGAAAUAGCUUAUUCAAUGUUAAAAACAAAUUUUGAUGAAGAAAAAGAACAUCCAUUAGAUAUUCAUUAUAAAAAAUUAAAAUCUAUUAUUGAACCUAUUGAUCCAAUAUCGGAUGAAUUUAAACAAAUUGUUAAUUAUAUGAAUAAUACACAUGCAUCAACACAUAAACAAUAUAAAUUAAAAUUAAAGAAUUUAUUUAAAAUUAAAAGAGAAAAUGAAGAAGAAAAUUUUCAAAAAUGGAAAAAUAUUCAAAAUCAUCAAUUAUUAUGGCAUGGAUCAAGAACAACAAAUUUUGCUGGAAUUCUUAGUCAAGGAUUACGUAUUGCACCACCUGAAGCACCUAUGACAGGUUAUAUGUUUGGUAAAGGUGUCUAUUUUGCUGAUAUGGUUUCAAAGAGUGCAAAUUAUUGUUUUACUACAAGAGAAUCACCUGAAGGAUUAUUACUUUUAUGUGAAGUUGCUCUUGGGGAAAUGUAUGAAUGUUAUCAAGCAACUAGUCUUUCUGCUGACAAAUUACCUCAAGAUAAACAAUCAACUAAAGGUUGUGGACAAACAAUUCCAGAUCCAAAAGAACAUAUUUAUACGGAUGAUGGUAUUCUCAUUCCAGUGGGUCAUGGAAUUAAUGCAAAUAUUCCACAGAGUUCAUUAUUAUAUAAUGAAUAUAUUGUUUAUAAUACGGAUCAAAUCAAAAUAAAAUAUCUUUUACGCGUAGAAUUUGACUACAUCAAUGCAUGUUUUUAUAUAAUUUUUGCUUUUACACCAGCAAUUCCAUUUAUAUUUGUAAAUCGACGAUUACAUUUUCGUUUAUGUUCUUUUGUAAUAGGUUCUUUUCUUUUAAUGAUAACAUGUCUUUUGGAAGAUUUUCUUGGAAUAAAAAUAAUAAUAACUGGUGAUGAAUUAAUUAAAGAAAAAAAUAGUUCAAUUAUUUUAUUAAAUCAUCGAACAAUAUUUGAUUGGAUGUAUAUAUGGAUGUUACAAAGUCGAUUUCAACUUCUUAAUCGACUAAAAAUUGCAUUAAAAGCUUCACUAAAACGUGUUCCUGGAAUUGGUUGGGGAUUGAAUCAUGGUGGGUUUCUUUUUCUAAAUCGUAAAUGGGAGAGAGAUCAAGAAGAAAUGAAAAAUCUUAUUGAAUAUUAUAAAUCAUGUCAAACACCAGUUUCAUUAUUAAUAUUUCCUGAGGGAACAAAUUUAUUUGAAAAAUCUAAAAUGAAAAGUAAUUUAUAUGCUUCAAAACAACCAAAAUAUAAUAGACCAUAUGAAUAUUGUCUUCAUCCACAUACAACUGGUUUUACAUAUUUAAUUCAUACAAUGAGAACAAAUAAUGUUAUUAAUACUGUUGAUGAUAUAACAAUUGGUUAUGAAGGGAAAUUUGCAGUCGAAGGAACGGAAUUUUUAAAAGGUUAUAUUCCAAAAGUAGUUCAUUUUCAUAUAAAACGUUAUAAUAUUAAUGAUUUACCAAAUGAAGAUGAACAAAUUGAAGAAUGGCUAUUAAAACGAUGGGAUGAAAAAGAAGAUAGAUUAAAAGAAUUUUAUAUUAAAAAUCAAUUUGAUUCAUUAUCAAAUAAAAUCAAUAAUCAACAAAUAGAAUUGAAUGUGCAAUUUCAACGUCGUUUAGCUUUAUUACUUUCAACUUUAUUUAUUUUAUUUUUUUCUUAUUGUUUUAUUUGUUAUACAAUAGUCAAAUUCUAUGUUAUAAUGGUUUGUAUAUUUUAUUUCAUAAUGGAAAUAUUUAUCAUGAUUAAAAAUCGUUAUAUUUCUCAAUUGGAUACAAACCAUGAACAAGUUAUCAAACAAGACUGA